AUGCCUGCCCUCCUCUCCAUCACAGUCCACGAAGGCAAAGGGUUGGCUGGAGGAUUCCUAGGUCGAAGGGAUCCCUACUUGAUUGGUACCAUGGGUGACCAGAAGUUCCACACUUCCGCUGUGAACAACAAUGGAAAGAACCCGUUGUGGGAUCAGACCUUCGCCCUACCCUACAAUGGCGAGCCAACAAUCGAGAUGGAGAUCUACGACAGGGAUCGCAUGCGCAAGGAUGACUUGAUGGGAACUGGCAGGAUUCAACUGGACAUCUUGCAGAUCCAGAACUUCAUCCAGUACGAUGUCCCUAUCGAGAAGCGAGGCAAGCCCGCGGGCAUAGUUAGAAUCACCUUGAGCCUCGCUGUAAGCUAG